CGGCUCCGAAGAUCCGAUCGUCAGUUUAUGCACAGCCUUUGCGGAGUGUGCUCGGGUAUCUUUCUCUCUUCGAUUUGCGAGAAGCUGUUCGCGGCAUUGAAAGCACCUUUGAGACGAGUUCUGUUUUCGCAAAUUUUCGCGAGUCAUUCCGAAGGGUGUCGAAUUCUCAGCAUAAGAUUGCCACCCUUAACUUUUCGGGGGGUGGCAGUGUAUGAGUGUGUGUAAGCGCGAGUGCAACAAAGGUGAUCGCGUAUCGUUCGUUCUUGUCAGAUUCGGUGGAUGCAGAAGAAGACGAAACGGGGAAAUUCGUGGCAUUUCAGGCACCUCCGAGAGUGAAGUGAGACUCCACAAGGCGAUAUAAUUGAAGCACUCGAGUGAAUUUGGUUUCUUCUGGGUGGAAGUGCAUUGCCGGCGUGCUUGAGCAUUGCAUCGCUGCAGCAGUGACAUUUCGUUUCGCUGGUACUGACGCAUGCAAUCGAGACCUCAACCAUCGGGUGGAAUGAAGGAAAGCAACAAAAGCACACGCUGAGCAGCACGGUCACAAUUGAGUAACUCUGCUGGUGGAACACAAUCCUGACACCGUACGUACGGGUGUGCACAUGAAAGUGAAAUUGCCUACCCAUAGCUGCACUUGUGCCGCCAAGGUCGAGUAAGCAGAUUUUUUUUUGACAAUUACCAGUGGGAGUUGUUUUUGGGUCGCCACAAAACCAAGCCAAGAGGUGCGGCGUGCCCUUCACGAGAGUGAUUCCAAUUUUCGCACCAACAAAUGUGAUCAAUCUGAUGAUCGUUUGCCAUUUUCUAAGAAGAUUUGCAAAAAAAACCUAUCAAAUGUCAGCCCAGGAUCAUAAAAAAAUCGCUGAAAAGUAGGUAACUCUCCUUCGUUGAAUAAUCGACAGCAGCCCCAGAGCGUGUGGCUGAGUGAUUGAUACCGACCGAACACCGCCGCAUCAUUGAAGUUCAUAACUCAUUAGGGGGGUUGCCGCAAUAGAAGAAAAACUAGAGGGUGAAAAAUUGCACAUUGUCGAGCGAAUCAAUCGGAAAAUGCGCGUAUCGUGCUGCAGCCCAAAUCUGUAGAAGCCGAAGAAGAAAAAACCCUCUCCGAGCCGUGUGAGUGUAGAGAAGGAGUGUCUCAGUGUUGACGAAGAAAGGGGGUCAAAAUAGAAGAAACUUCAACAGCCGAUCAAGACGAGGAGAAGGAGGAUUUGUUGGAUUCGACCGGCAUACAAUCUUGGAAACGAGCCAUAGGGGCGGCGUGAAAUUAGAAGCAGAAAAAAUCCAGCCCAAAACAUCAGCUGUGCCAAGGCAGCAAACAGAAUCGUCAAGCAUGAGUUUUAACACAACGGCGGUUAUGCAGAUGGCUGACGAAUGGGAGACGCCCUCGCGCAGAACGCUGGACUUCCUAGCUGGUAGCGGUGGUAGCAGUAGCAGAUCUAGCUCGCCAAGUUCCAGCUUCCAGCACAUCCCAGCGUACAACUAUUUCGACGGCGCCGCUCAACAAUACCAGCAGUCGCAUUACCAACCAAAUCCCUACAGUAGCAAUAAGAGAUCCAGUGCCACCAAAGGGCAAGCGGACCGCAACUAUCGUCACAAAAUGUUGGAAAGAGCCGCCUAUGCCAACCGUAGUUUUAUGCAUCAUAACGAGUACGAUCCGUAUCUGCACCAAGAGCAGCAGAGUCAGUCAGUAUUUCCACGUGGUGGAGCAGGAUAUGGAGGUGGAUUCGUAUUCGCAACUUCGCACUACCCAGUAGAUCCAUCGGACCGCAGGAGUGGCGAUAGACGACGCCACAGCUUGCACCAUAUCGCCCAGUUGAGUGCGCUGAAAAUGGAUGACUUGAAGCAACGGUUCGAUGAGUACAGCUCGUCGGCGGCCGUUGGCAGAGGCGGGGUUGCUGAGGGCACCAAAGGGGGAGCAGUAGGCAGAAAUAGACGUUCUAGUCCACGUCGGCAACAGAACGGUAGUCAAUUUAUCGUUGGUGGUGGGGGACGACUUGUUGGCGGCUACAGUGGUAGCAAAAGUUUGGACACCCACGAACGAACGUCACCGACUGAGAACGGAGGCAGCGGCGUCGGCGUCGGCAGCAGACUGAAGGGAACCAGUGCGAAAACACCAAAACGUGGAUCAAGGUCGUCGCAGGGAUCGACCGAUAGUAGUCAUAGUUCUCAUAGCGCUUCAUCCGGCUCGCUACUGUUGACGGUAGCGAACUUGGAAAACUUUGCCAAAAUCCACAAGAAGCAGGAGUCCAGUUACGGCACCAGCAAGGCCAUGGAGGAGUACCUGUCGUCGACGGUGGGAAUCGUACCGGCGGCAGCCAUCAUGGACGCCGUGGGCAGCAAGUACAACAACAAUAUCACCAUGAAGUACGGCGCCCGAGCGGACGAGACCACGGCAGCAUCCGCGGCGACUAUUAUCUCCAUCGAAGAAAUCGAUUCCGAUUCUCCGCAGCAGCAGCAGCACCAGUCAGCAUCGGAUGAGCAGAAGCAAGCGCAUCGCCACUCGCUGCCAUCGUUCCAUCGAUCAGCGAAAACCAAAGAUCCCGAUUCGGUAUCGAUGGCCAGUUCCACGCAUUUCACCAUGGUCAACGGAGUGGGUGGCCCCCAGCGGCUGCCCAAGGGCGGAAUCUGCUCCCGUGGACACCAGAUCACCAUACUGAUCGUGACGAUGAGCAUCGUUUUCAUGGUUGGAAUCUGUGCGGCCGUGUUCUUCCUCGAAAUGCGAGCCAGAGAAAUGCCCAGAUAGAAAAAAACGCCGCGAGGAAGAACGACGCCAUCAAGCUGAACACCGAAAUCGGAACAACGCAAAACAAAACGCUAUAGAUAGAGUUCUUCGGGAAUCAUUAGGCUUCCUGAUCAAAUACCACAACCGACACACGUCUAGCCAUAUUUGAAUUUAAAAUUAAGCGAACAGAAAAUCAUCGAAGCAUCCACUUUGGUCGAAUGUGAUGCCUAACCUAGAGUUGUUCUAAGUUCUAAGCAUUCCUAGUGAAACAAAAAACUAACAUAGUUCUGAGCCAAGCACACUAUUUAUUACAACAUCAAUCUUAAAACGCCGGAAAGAACAUAAAAAGCAGGAACUGUUAAAAACUCAAUAACUACAUUUUCAAUCGCUAUGUCCCUUGUUACAACAUUCCUGAAGUUCAUGCACAAAGUUGAGCAAAACGGCAAAAAAGUGCUAUGCGGUCAGACGAUUUUAGUCAAGAUUUCAUGUUCAUCAGAACGACAGUUCAUCGAAGACCGCUGUAUUAAUCAAUCCUUCCGAAUCAACGUCACAGUUACAUUUACAUUGCCAAUAAGUAGGUUGAUUCGAAGGAAUCCUACCUAGCUAGUAUUAUUAGUUCGGAAAUCCUAUUGGGUUGCGGAGUUCUGGUAUCCAGUAGCCCAAAUUCUUUCCUUUUUUAAACUUGAGUAAAUGUCUAGAAGGCAUUUCCUAUACUUGAACUCCACUGACUAUGCUCUGUCCUUUGUCUUCCCUCAAACGACAUACGCUAUUACAUUAUUAUUUUCUGUGAUAUUUAUUAACUUAUUUAAAUUAUGAACACAAUGAAUUGUGCAAAUAAAUAAAAUGAAUAAUGA